UGCUCCUUCUCUUCAACUAACCAACACUCUCCUUCUUAACUGAAAAACUACAACUACAAAAUAGCUUAAACAACCGAAAUUUCGGAGAAGAGAAGAAAACCGAAACAUUCAAAUUACAAGCCGAGCCAAUAUGGUAUGCUUUUGUUUUCUGGUGGAUCAGACACGUAAAGUGCGUAGAAGCAAGCCGGCAGCUGGGAUUUGCUCGAGGUGUGGCGGUGGAGCGAGCGUAGCUGACAUGAAAACAGCCACCAGGUUCUGCCACGUUCCAUUUUAUUGGAAAUCUUGGAGAGCGAUUAUCUGUACUUUCUGCGGCGCCAUUCUUCGAUCUUAUCGAUAGUUUUGGACGGUGCAUAUGUGAGCUUGAAAGACCAGAGAUCAUAUAUGUUGAAGGGCUUCAAAAUUAAAAUCUUAAACCCCCGAGUCGCAGCCGAGACUUUCCAUCUUUUCGGGGGUUUCUGAAUCCGGCCGCUAGAGUUAUUAUGACAUAUAAAUGCUGAUUAUAACUCGAAUUUAUUAUGAAAA